AUGCCCGCUCUCUGCGCGCUUUGUCUUGCCGUCGCGCUGGCUGCUUUCGCCCGGCUCGCUGGCACGGUGGGACCGGUGGUCCGAUGCGAGCCGUGCGACGCCAGCGCGCUGCUCCAGUGCAAGCCGCUGCCCAAGGACUGCGUGGAGCGGCUGAAGGAGCCCGGCUGCGGCUGCUGCAUGACGUGCGCCCUCGGCGAGGGACAGGCGUGUGGAGUGUACACGGCGCGCUGCGGCUCCGGCUUGAGCUGCCAGUUCCAGCCCGGAGAGAGCCGGCCCCUGCAGGCUCUGCUGGACGGCCGGGGAGUGUGCUCCAGCGCCGCGGCCAAAAAGCUCAACGGCAUUCUCAUACCGACCCCGAAACAAGAGAAUACUGGAAAUCAGGUUGAAGACGGAGCCAACGGGACCCAGACUCUGACGGCGAUGCCCAGCGUGGUGACUGUGAAGGGUGGGCAGAGUCAGGGGCCCACGGACACGAGGUCUCCGCUGCACAACAAACUCAUCGAGAAGGACGAGAAAAAGAAAACGCAAAGCUACAAGGUGGACCUGUCGGGAGGAACCAACAUGGACAUGCACAACUUCUCCCUGGAGAACAAGAGGGAGUCUGAGUAUGGGCCGUGUCGGCGGGAGAUGGAGAGCAUCCUGAACAGCCUUAAGAUCAACAAUCAGGCCGGGGCCACCCAUAGCCUGCUCGCCGGAGACACGAGGAACAACACAAAAAGAGAGGCUGCUAAGCUCCAGACUCGCCGGGCGGGUGACAUGCGCUGA